CUCCGCACUACACACGCGCUCCUUGCGCCAAAUACCACCAAAGCGUCGCAACCCGGCGGAAUAAACUGACAAGAGGAUUAUUUCUCAUUUGAUUAUUUUUUAAGCUUCGCUUUACCUCAAGUCUUUUCAUCAUGAGGAUUUGGAGUGUUAUCCUUUUGCUGCUUCACGCUCUUGUGGCGUCCAAACUGGCAUGUGGGGCGGCAGUGGACCGGUAUGACAGUGACAGACAGCGGCACACAUCUGUCAUCAACUUCCAGGACGUAAGCAAAGAUGGAAGGCCGGCGGAGGAGAGCACAGUUACUCCAUUGGAGGAGGACGAGGAUGAGGAGUAUGAUGAUGAAUACUACGGAGACGAAUAUGAGGACAGCACGUCAGGGGAUUAUGAAGUGGAAAUGCCAAGAGUUGCUAUGUCAAGUAAGCCCCGAGAUCCAUCUGCUAUCCCGGAGGCAGAAAACACAGAAGGACAGAGAAGGCGAGGAAAGGGAAGGAAGAAGGGAAAAGGGAAAGGAAAGAAGAGGAAUCCCUGCUUGAAAAAGUUUAAAGAUUUUUGUAUCCACGGCACCUGUCAAUACCUGAGGGACAUCCGACUUCCCUCCUGUGUGUGCCACCCGAGUUACUCUGGGGAAAGGUGCGAAUUCUUCACCCUGCCCGUGGAGAGGCCUCAAGAAGGCUACAACCGCACCACAGCUCUAGCCGUGGUGGCCGUGGUGCUCUCAUCCAUUUGCCUAACCAUCAUCGGCCUUUUACUCAUGCUGAGGUUUCACAAGCGGGGAGCGUAUGAUGUAGAGAAUGAGGAGAAGGUCAAGUUAGGGUUAGCAUCCAACCACUGAAGAGACAAAGAAGGGCAAAGGAGCGGAGAUACUACCUCAAAAUAGAAAGAGAGAGAACCACGGAAGGAGGUCCUGAAGAAAAGCAAAGGAACACAAGCGGAUGAAGAAGGGAAACAAGGGGUGUCCGCAUCACCCCUUGUUGGAUGUUCACAUGGAAAAAAAAUGGACAGCUCAGCAUAUUCCUGCAGGCCUCAGGAGAAGGUGGCCACAUGUGAAAGUGGAAUACUGGACGGGCCAGAGGAUGGACUUGAAUGGAAGUGUGGCAGGCACUUAAAAAUGACAAGAAGAAGAAGAAAAAGGAACAUUUGCUGCUUCAUGACAAGAAGUUUCAGACUGAACUGAAAAUGUUCGACAACAAGAAAGAGAAAUCUCAAUUUUUGUCUGGAAAAAAAAAGGCAGCAUUUUGUAUUUUCCCAAACAAGCGCAUUAUUUUCCUUUUUUUCUGUACAGUAAACAGUUUAUUUAUACUUUUUAAUUUAUUUAUUUAAGCUAACUGUAUUUAUGUAGGUUUAACCUCCUUCAACAGUUCAAAAUGGAUGUUACAGUUGUUUUUAUAUUCCUUAUUGGACAUUAUUUAUUAAGAAAAAGUACAAUGCUUGCGGAUCCUGGACACAAAAAAAUGUUUUAAAAAAAUGAUAUGACAUUUUCAUUGAGUUUUGGCACUAAUAACAUGAUCAGUAGCACUGUGAUUUUUGAAAUGUCUUUUUUACUGAUUAGUGUUAUUUUAAACUGUCGUUUUCACUGAAAACUUAGCAGCAGUCGAAGGUGAAAAAAUGCCCUCGCUCGGAGAUGUCUACGUCUGAGUGUAAACUGCCAAAUUGGAUGUCCAAUUUUACAUUUAGGGCACUAUUGAAAGAAUUUUUGUGUAAAUCAGUUUUUUUUUUUUUGUUCUUGUCUUACCGUCAUUUAAAAAGAAACACUUACAGUAACUAUCAAGCAAAAAAAUGUGAAUUCAAGUGCUCCACGCUUUCAAAAACUGCAGUUCUGAAGUGAUUUUUUUUUUUUUUUUUAAUGUGAUUUGAAUAAAUAAAAUA